AUGAAGGGUAUAUAUUUGCAGCUUCAUCGAGGGCUGAGCUAUCGAAAAAUAUGGCGUCAGGAUUACCGAGCGUUCAUCAGAGGAAGCUUGGACCAGCGCCGAUAGCAUCCUUCGAAGACCUGUCCGACGAGGUGGAAAACGGGGAACCGGCUGCGCGAAUGCCAGGCAUCGUCGAGGUCACCACGCCGGCAACGCCUGGUAGUUCGCUUAAGACACCCAGCACACCGAGAAUUGACAUCAGCAGGGCGAGCAGUUCCUCCCACCAUGAGGACAGUAACUCCAGGGACUCCACGCCCGAGAGGGAACUCCUCGCAGGCGGAGAACCUCCACCUGGAUGCAAGCUGACUCUGGGCUAUAAGGAGGACGCCCAAGAUCUAAGAUCGUCGACGGAGGAGCUCGACCUGCAAGAUCCCAUUCACGAGCAAGAUUUGAAAAGAGAGUCAAAGAAGUUGGCCAAGAGACGAAAGGAGGACGGCUCGUUGUCCGAUUAUAGCGGCAAACAAUUGGACAGAGAGAGAAAGGAUAGCAAUUGCUCGGAAAUCGUUCUGUUGAAUAUCAGUGGAAGAACGUCUAGACUCUCCUCUGUGGGUAGCCAAGGUUCCGGAGCCUCUGGCAAACUUUCCGUUGUCUCUGCCACGUCGUCCAGGUCGCCAAGUCCGCACAAAUGUCUACUGGAAACAUCGUUUUGCGGAAGCAAACCUACACUAGCAGACAACUUGAUAGAACCGUCGAAGCCGGAGACCGACGACCUGGAGAAGAUCCUGCUGAAACGGGAAGCGGACACGACAAAAGCACUGAUCCCAGAGAGUAUAAAAGUAUCGAUGGUAGAUGGGAACUUGAAGCCAGAUCCUCUGGACAAACCUAGAAGACGAGGGCGAGAAGAGAGGAAGGAGAUCUUCAAAAGGGAAGUGGAAAUCACGAAGAGAUUCCUCGAGAAGGUCAACAUACAGGUACCAGUGGUGAAGAAGAUAGCAGACCCACAAAGUACAACGACGCAGCAACAAUCCUCAAGAAGUCAAGCGCAGGACGUCCAGAAGCCAGUGACUUUGGACCUCAACGACAAGAGGAAAAAAGCGCAGAACUUCAAAGAGAUCGUGCAAACCACUCCGACAACGAGUAGCGUAACCGGUAGCCCGAAGCUACCAAGGCAUCAGAAAGUCCGUGACCUCGAAGGUUCUCGUACGCCCAGUCCCUCUUCCGUUUCUAGGAAGAGCAGUUUCGCCUCCCUGUUCAAGGCCCGUACAGACAGCAGUGUGUUGAGCCCAGAAUCCCCGUCGCCGAGCACGAAACCACGCCGUAGCCUCACCUCGAAGAUCAAGGAUACCACGGAGAGUCUGCGAAGCAGAUCGAAGUCACGCGAGCGUGUGGCCGCGGACCGAGCGGCGUCCGGCAGCUUGAAAAAGGACUCGAAGAACAAGGGUGUGUUCUCGUCGACGUUGAGCCUGUUUAAGAAACGCGAGAGGAAGAAGAGUUACGACGAGGCGAUAGCGGCCUCCUGUGGCACGGAGUUGGACGCGUCCGGCGACCACCCGUCGCUGGAGAGCAUCGGCCACGUGGAGUUUCGGUUCAACGCCGAGAAGGACAGCCGCAAGGACGACUCGAUCUUCAUAAGCCUGCACGCGGACGACAGGAACUACGAGGAGGCACUGCCGUCGGAGAGCGUGUCGAUACCCUUGGAAACGCCCACCAAGCUGCUGGAUGAGUACGAGUCGGAGCCACGUACCGGGAGCAUCGUGACCGAGGUGUCGAUCGAGCAUUAUCCACCGACGUCGAGGAUAAAGACAGAGGCUCUGAUAGAAACCACGUCGUCGUCGUCGAGGGUGUCGUACUCUCGGGACAGCCAGGUGAUACCGCAGAGCGCGUCGAGGGAUUCGGAGAUCUCGAAGAGCUCCUCGAGAGACUCGAAGCUUUCGAGCAGCCACGGGAGGACCAGCGAGAGCGUCGUGAGACCGUCGUCCUCCGUGGAGAGCAAGCCUCCCGUGGAGCAUCGAGUGUCCAGCAGUUCGUCGAAGGACUCGAUAGGGAAGAAGGAGGCUAUGAAACCGAAACGGAAGAGCAAAGAGCCUGUCGUGCAGCAACAGCCUGUUCACCAAUCUCCCGACAGAACGGAAGAUCUCGUUGUCUCGAAGCAGCAACAGAAACAGAAACAGGUCGAAGGAACGAGGGAACACGUAGCGCCGGUUAAAGCUGCGGAGAAGAGGCCGGAUCUGUUGGACGACGGGAUCAAGCCCGCGGACGGGCUGGUGAAGACACCGAGCGUCAUCUCCGAUCUUGAUCGCAACAGUUCAGAGUCGGAGAGGGACUCGGAGAUUGAGUUUGUGAGGAACAAGGUUGAGAAACUUGCCGAGGAAUUGCCCGACGAAAGGAAGGGGCUGUUUUACGAGGAGAGCUUCGAGGAGGAUCUCCCUUACGUGCCGACCACCCUCCCUCUGGAGAAGAGCGUGGCAAUGCCGAUCCUGCCCGUGAAACAACGACUUCAGGAAGUCAGAACGAUACCGAUCGAGAGGCCGCGUUCAACGACGCCGAUAAACCCGACGCUGCUCGACGAGUUUGUGAUGCAGACGUCCCUCGACGAGCGUCGUGUUGAGAAGAUGAAGAUAUCGUUGCCACGGGAAGACAGUUUCAAGCUGAAAAGUCCGCGGAAACACGCGGCGAACACGUUCAUGGAGUUCGCUGGCAAGGUGCCUGACGGGGGACGGAAGAGCGCUGGUAAAUCGCCGAGUCCUCCUCCACUGCCACCGAGGGCCACGGCUAGACCAAGCAACUGGAUCAACUUCGAGGAGAUACCGGAGAAGAGGAAAGCGCCGAAAAGGAUCCAGACGAUCCCUCGACCUGAGGACGAAGUGAAAUCAGGUGGAUACAACUACGUUCAACCGGAGGAAUGCAGGUGCGAGUGCCAUGAGGAAUCGCGGCGGGCGUCGAUGAAAGAAGCAGCCGCGACGAGGACCUCCUCUUCUUGCAGCAGCAACGGGGAGAGGCCUUGUAACGGCGACAACUGCACGGUACCAACGUCGACGUCUAUGGAUCGUGCCAGCAUCGUCAGUGACAGCUCGCUGGAGUAUAGCCUGAGCAUCGAGGAGAACACGACGCAGCCGUUGUUCACCAGCUCGACGAAGCCGUUCAGCAUCGAUCUGGACGUUAGGUCGAAUCGGUCCAGUAUCGUAUCCCAGGACGAGACUGACGAGACCCUGCACCAAUAAUAGUUUUUUCACGGCACGCCUCGCCUUAUUAAUCCUCCUGUUAAAAUGA